AUGAGCAGCGAAAUCUUCGAAGAGUGGGUACGAAAAUUCCGGGUAGAUGGUCGAAAAAUUGCUCUCAUUAUUGACAACUGCCCUGCUCAUCCAACGGUGUCCAACUUGACCAACGUGCAGCUUGUCUUUCUGCCACCAAAUACGACGUCUAUCUUGCAACCAAUGGACCAAGAUUCUUGGGAACUCGUAUCCAAGGAAACCAUUGUGAACUGCUUUAGGAAGGCUGGUAUCGCCCCUGAUGGCCAACAGGCUGCCAUUGGUGAUUCUGAUGACCCGUUUAAAGAUCUCCAAGAAAGCUUGAAUGACUUGAGGAAAGCAGAUUCAUCAAUGGUGCUGAAUGAUGUCACCGCCACUGCUUUAGUGAGCCUGGACGACGACGUCAUUGCAACAGCCCCUGAGAUGAAUGAAGAUGAUCUCGUGAGCAGGCUGAAGAAGCAAGAAAACGAAGAGGAAGAGAGUGGUGAUGAAGAGAUCCAAGGUGGAGAGAUGUUUGUCCCUGUGGCGGAAAAGCCUUCGAGAUCUGCGAUUGAAUCAGCUUUAGAAGUUUUGAAAGAUGCUGCCAUGUUCAGUGACAAAAGUGGACAAAUGAAAAGAGCGAUUUUUGAUUUUGAACGGCUUUAUGAAAGUGAUCGAGCGGAAUCUCUUAAGCAAAAAGACAUUACACAUUUUUUUAAAUCCUGUAUCGAAUUAGAAAUUUCUGAUUCUAAAAUCUUUUGA